AUGGCCGGACCAUCUCUCCCUACGCCACCGCCGGUGGAGGAGCCACAGACGGGGGCUGCGAAGUCGGUGACGACGGUCGAUGCCCUCACCGUGGACACCCUCCGCAACAUUCUCCGUCGCCUCUCCCUCGCCGACCUUCUCCGUGCCGCCCUCGCCUGCCACCGCUGGCGCCGCGUCGCCGCACGCUGCAUCCCCUGCACCGCCCCACUUCUCGGCUACUUCUUCCACCCCACCGCCACCGGUUUGCCAGCGCCCCUGCACUCGCGAUCCAAGGAGAUCGACACCCCCGCCGUCUUCGCUCCCUUGGACGCCUCCUCCCCGAGCCUCUCCCUCGACUUCGCUCCGGGGGCCUCCCGCUACGUGCUCCACGACUGCCACCAAGGCCUCCUGCUUCUCGAGCCGUUCGCGUCGCUCCCCAAGGGGACCAUCCCGCGCUUCCUCGUCAUCGACCCGGCCACCCGCCGCCGCGUGCUCCUCCCGCCGCCACCGCGCGACACGGUGCCCGACGACCACCGCUGGCGCCGCUCCAGGUACUACGUCGGCUCCGCACUGCUCUCCCGCGCGCACCCGAGCAAGCUCUGCUUCGAGGUCGUCUGCUUCGCCAUCGACGGCGGGCACCCGCGCGUCUGGGUCGCGUCCGUGGACGACGGCCGAUGCAGCUGGCGCGCCCACCCGCGGACCAUGGAGCUAGAGGUCGAUUUCGACCCCUGGUUGUUCGAAGGGCGCUGCGUGCACGCCGCCGGGAAGAUCUACUGGCACAUCUGCAACUCCUACCGCAUGCUCGUGCUGGACCCUGCGACACUGCACUUGUCCUACCUGCUGGCGCCGGCCGUACUGUCAGACCAUUUCUGCACGUACCGCGUCGGGGAGACGCCGGAGGACGGCCGGCUCUGCCUCCUGGCCGUGGGGAGUCGCUCGAGGCAGCUGCAGCUCUGGGUCCGCGCGGAGGCCAGAGGGAGCGACAAUGGGUGGUUUCUGGAGAGGGAGAUGCUCAACAUGCGUGUGGUGUGGGACGCAGUGCCAGGCCUGCCCAAUGACCUUGCCCACAGGAUCUUCAGUGUUUGGCCCAGCGACAUGGACGCGGGGCGUAGCGGGAAGGUGUUCAUCAGAACCAUAGGAUAUGGGCGCUACUCCUUACAUCUGGACACCGCCAAGAUUGAGCCCCUGCACACCAAACAUGGCAAGGAGUACGGCCACCCGAUCUUUGCCUACUUCCUCGCGUGGCCGCCUGCCUUCCUCGCUCCAGAAUACUGA